AUGGCCAUUGUGGUGCUAAGAGAUGAUGGUGGUGAGCGUGCGUUUGGCCACUAUCUGGCUCAACCAGAACGCCGAGGCUUCUUCUUGAAGCACUUGACAGCAGUGAUGGAAGCCGCGUCUGCUCAGAAGCCCAAGCCAGAUUGUCCACGCGUCGCAUCGGAGUUUAGCACUGGCUCUGUCCAAGAGGCGGGCAAGAAGGCAAAUCGCGAGCCCUCGCCACUGCCACUGGCACCCAGCCUCAGUGCAUUGAGUGCACUUAGUACCCGAGCCUCAGAGAGUCCAACGAGUCCAAAGGCCCUGAGCGAGAGCUCUUCGAAGUCUCCUCCCUCACCGGAAAAACAACUCCCAGGAUCUGACACGAGAGCCAAAGCCAGGCUGCCCGGUUCGCCUUCGCCUUCGCCUUCACGUGCACAUACAAGCGACCAAGCACCGCUUUUACAGUCGCCCACAUCAAGACAGUCCCAGACGCCGGCUCGCACGGAAAGGGUGGACGUGGACCACUCCAGCUACUCUAGCUCCGAUCAAGUGUCUUCGAGACAGGGGGUGAGGAAGGCUGCCGAGCUGAUAGGACUGGACCUGGAACGUGAUGAGGGGCUUUGCUGGUUGGCGGAGAGCGCUGCCGGUGCAGAGUUGCCGGCAGGCUGGGCCAUGUUCCACGACGAUGCAGGGCGCGCGGCAUACUACCACGAGCAGAAGAAGUUGGUGGUUCGAAAGCACCCAAUGCUUGACAGGUAUAGGUGUUAUGUGGCUCGAUUGCGGGCUUUUUACCACCGGGCGCCUGAGACACAAGCGCUUAAUGGUGGGCGGAGGAUCCGAGCACACUUGGCUGUAAUCUUGAACGAGUCAUUGAAUCGCUGCAAUCGCGAGCUGCCACCUGUCACACCUGAGCUGCUUGAACGAGCAGCUCUGCUGCUGGGGGUGGACACCAGCUCGGAAUUUGCAUUGAGCACCAAGGUGAAGAUGGCCAUGGACAUGUUCGCUGAGGAUCAGUACGACAUCUCCUUGGCUACUGGUGUCAAAGCUGAUGUCGAUGCAUUCGCUGCGCAGCUUCGGCAAGAGCAAAUCCAAGAGAUGAUGUCCCAGCCAGACGGCAUCAUCAUGUGCUCAGAGUUGGAGGCUCAGCCCGCCACGGUCAAGUGUGAGGAGUGCAUGGACUUCUUCAGUAUGGAAGGGUUUGCUCGCUGCCACUCUACGGGCAAGCGCCGUCAUCACCAUCCACUUAAGGUGGAGCAGUGUGCUUGCUCGGUGUAUCCCCAGGAGCCUGCUACUUGCGAGGUGGACGGGCAGUACUUCUCACGCCGUGGCUAUGCGGAUGCAAUCAUGCGCACACCAAUCUUAAGCUCAAAGCACUGCCGUUUUUUGGGUGGCCUUGCCUGCUCAGAAUACCCAGAGAGGAGAUCCGAGGUGGUGUGCGAGGACUGCUGCGACCUCUUCAGCACGGAGGCAUUCUGGGAACGGCACGGGCACGGCCACCGGCGGCACCAUGUGCAGCUCACCCUAGACGCGGAGAAUCGCUUAUGGCGUGCGGGCCGCAUGGUCCCACACGAGGAGGCCAACCGUAUCCUGCACAGAGCUAUACGCGCCCGUGAGGGCGGGCCGUGGCUGGCCUUCCGGGAUGACCAGCUGACCACGUAUUGGUAUCAUUUGGACGACAAAGUCGUGACUCAUGAGAACCCUUAUCUCUAG